GUUGUGUUGCAGAUCAGUAAUAAUGUGGUUUCACAUGUUUGCUUAGUAGAUGAGUUUAAAAUCGUCUUAAUUAUAUGAUUCAUUAAAAUGCCUCCAAAGAAACAGAAAGAUAAAACAGCAGGAGAUUCUGAGCAGACAGGAGACACAGAUCCAGACACGCACUUACACAAAGAGCAUGACAUGCUGACUGAAACACUCAACCGUUUUAAGAGGAGAGUGGAACAGCUAAGAAGAGAUCAUGAGUUUCUCCAAAAUGAAGUCAAUCAAACACAAAUGGAAAAUGAAGAGUACCUGUCAUACAUAUCAGAACGAAUGCAGAAGCACCAGAGAGCUAUUGUAACUGUAAAUGAGCAAAGCCAACAAGAGCUGGAGGAGCUCAGAAGACAGCGAGAGGAGACGCUGGAGACAUAUGAGAAAGAAGGCAAUGGGCUGAAGCGGGAGAUUUUGGAGAAGGAAAAAGAGUUGGCUCUGCUUAAUCUUGAGCUAGCUGAGCUGAAGGAAUUUAAGCAGCAGCAGUUAGGUCAUAUAGCUGAGCUGGAGAAGGAGGUGGUAGCUGCUCGCUGUCGUCAUUCUGAGUCUAUGGUGGCUUUGAAAGCUGGCUUGCUCAAAGAGAUGGAGCGUCACCAGGUUCAGGCAGACAACAAGGUGCAGGAAUUCGCCCUUGCAGCGAAGAAGGAGGCCUCUAGCUGCCUGCUCUCUCAUACACAGAAGAUGUCAGAGGAAAACCAGCAUCUGCGUGAAGAGUUACUGCAUCUGAUCCAGAGAGCUCAUGCUCAGCGCAGCCACCAGCAGCAACUGCAGGAGCAGCACAGACAACUGCUGCUGGAAACAGAGUAUGUACAGAAGCUGCAGUAUCUGCCCCCCUCCACAGCACAGAAGAACCUGCAUUUAAAUGAAAGUGAAUGAGUUGGCAAUUGAGUUGGUUAUGCACUGCUAGAACAGUGUAUCAGGUGCACCUGUAGCGCAGUGGUAAAACUCUCAGCUCUACUAUA